AUGACUAAACUAUUCAUUACCGGGGCAACUGGGUACAUUGGCGGCGACGCCCUUGCGACUAUAUAUGCUGCGCAUCCCGACUUUUCCUAUGUCGCGCUGGUUCGCAGCACUGAGAAAGCCGAGCAGGUCAAGACUCGCUUCCCAAAUGUCCGCGUGGUCAUCGGUGAUCUCGACAACUCGGCUUUGCUAGAGCGGGAGAGUGCAGCAGCAGACAUCGUCCUCCACACUGCAGACGCAUCUGACCAUGUGGGGGCUGCAAAGGCAAUCGCCGCAGGUCUGGUUGCUGGGCAUACGAAAGAAAAACCGGGGUACUGGUUGCACACAGGUGGAACUGGAAUUUUAACCUUUGAGGAUAGUGACAAGGGGUCGUAUGGUAAUAAGAGCGACAAGAUAUACGAUGACUGGGAUGGAGUUGAAGAGCUUUUGAACCUACCCGAUCAUGCUUUCCACCGCAAUGUAGACAAGCUUGUCUUGGAUGCUGCCGCGAAGCAUGCGGACGUCCUCAAACUAGCUUUGGUCUGUCCUCCAACCAUUUACGGACGCGGACGAGGCCCAUGCUCGCAACGCGGUCGCCAAGUCUAUGAACUCGCGAACGUGACACUGCGGCUGCAGAAGGGCCCAAUUAUUGGUUCCGGCCAGGCGAUUUGGAACAACGUCCACAUCCACGAUUUGAGUGAUGUUUAUGCAUUGCUCGUAAAUGCUGCGGUCGCCGGCCGAGAUGACGAUGGGAUCUGGGGUCCGAAGACCUACUACCUCACCGAGAAUGGGGAGCAUCGCUGGGGAGAUCUAGCGAAGUCCACCGCGGAGGCUGCGGCAAAGCUAGGUUUCAUCCCAGAAGCAAAGGCUGAACCUAUCGAUCUGGAUAGUGCGAAGCAAUAUGCGGGCUUCGAGUCGCUAAGCUGGGGGAUGAAUUCUCGUGGGCGGGCACUGCGAGCCCGUAAGCUUCUCGGAUGGAAUCCAUCAUCUCCCAGUCUGUUGGAUGAAUUACCCCAGAUUGUUAAGAGUGAGUGGAAGCGACAGCAAGAGCAGGAAUCUGAUAGAUAG